AUAAUCGCAAAGCGGUAAGUGUUUGGUUGUGAAAGUGGAUACAUGAUUUGCUCUGUUGUCUGAGGAGUUAUUUGAAAUGUAUGGCAAAGUGUUAACGCCUGUCCACGUUAGAGGCAUUGUCAGUAGAACCUGUCGCUGUGUUUUCAGCACUACAACUGGAAAUAUGAAACAACAGAUCCCACGAAAGAAAGGAAAAAGUUCUCAUCUGUGGUUGCUCCGUCAAUUUUCAGACCCUUACGUGGAGAAAGCCAAGAUGUCAAACUACAGGUGUCGCAGUGCAUUCAAGUUGAGGGAGAUAGAUGACAGAUUCCAUAUACUGAGUCCUGGCCAGUGUGUUAUAGAUUGUGGGGCUGCUCCUGGCAGUUGGACCCAAGUUGCUGUUGAACGGGUUAACGCAUUGGGGACAGAAAAACAGCCAGUGGGACAUGUAAUUGCUGUGGAUUGUCUGCCUAUAUACCCUGUCAAUGGUGCAAUCAUUCUGGGUGGUCAUGACUUCACUGAGCAAACAACUCAAAAGAAACUUAGAGAACAUUUGAACAACUUUGGCCCAGCUGAUGUGAUACUGAGUGAUAUGGCUCCGAAUGCAACUGGAGUGCGUGUUCUGGAUCAAGAGAAUAUAUUGGUAUUAGCUUAUGCAGCAUUCAAGUUUGCACUUACUGUCUCAAAGCCAGGAUCAGCAAUGCUUUUGGUUAAGAUAUGGGAUGGAGGUGGUGUGCCCUCACUUUGUACUGAUCUGAACAGAUAUUAUGAGUCUGUGAAGGUAGUCAAACCAGCAGCAAGUCGAACUGAUUCUGCAGAGAAAUUCAUUCUUGCUAGAGGGUUUAAGAAGUCUGUAUAAAGUGGUGAAUUAUAUUUAUUACUAAAAUGAUCUUAAGAUUGUGCCGGAAUGCAACUUCUCUUUGACUCCCUCUAGUGUGUCAUAUUAAUUUCCAUAUAGCUUUUCAAUUAUGUAAUCUCUGUAGUAUGUUUUACUAAUUACCACAUAACUUUCCAGUUGUGUAGUUACAUUUCUGGUUAUGGAAAAAUCAAUACUGUUGUAAUUCUCUGUUAACAGUUU